UCUCAUUCCCUUAUUCUCUGCUUUUUAAGCAUUCUCAUCAGUUUCAGACUACCCUUCCCCUCUCUUCUCUUUCUCUGCAAACCGACUCUGCUGCUACCACAAUCUUUGAAGUCCAAAUCAAAUGGCCGCAACAGAAUCAAAAGCAGAAGCUAAAGAGGUGGAGCAACAUUCAGAACCUCUCACAGGCAAGAUCACUACGUUGAGAGUCUCCAUUCACUGCGAAGGCUGCAAGAGAAAAGUGAAGAAAAUUUUACAGAGCGUAUAUGGUGUUGAUGACAUAAACAUUGAUUUGAGGCAACACAAAGUGGUGGUAACAGGGAACGUUGACAGCUACACUUUGAUUAAGAGAUUGACAAAGGCAGGGAAGCACGCAGAGUUAUGGCCGGAGAAAGCAGAGUCGAAAAAGAAGAAAGAAAAACCUGCAGAAAACAGAGAGAAACAGAGUGAUCCAGAAAGCAGGGAAGAAACCACCCAAAGCGGAGAACACCAUGAAGAAACCGUUAAAGUCGUUGACGCAUCAAAAAACGUUGAAGCCGCCACCACCGCCGUUAAAAACAGCGACGGUUGCGGUGGGGUUAACGUUAACAAAGCUAAUGAAGGAGGUGUAACCGGCAAACCCGGUGUGCAGUUUCAAGAACCGAAGGCAGCGGAGGUGAGGCAAACCGUGGUGUUACCGGCGGGACCGGUGACCGGGAAGAAGGUCAGCGUGGCUGUGCAAGUUCCUCAGGAAAUUGAAGCACCGGGGAAUGAACAAAUUGGCGGCGGCGGUGGUGGUGGUAGCACCGGAGAGAAAAAGAAGAAAAAGAAAGGGAAAGCAAAAGUGAAUAGCAACAACGGCAAUGAGGGUGUUGCUGCUGUUACAGCUGAACACCCUGGUGGUGGUGAAGCGGCAGCUACCGGUGGUUUGGGUAACCGGUCAAAAGGUCAAGGCCAUGUCCAUGUCCCGGGACCUACAACUUCGGUUCCAAUUUCAAGACCAGCCAAUGAGAGUCCUCCACAUCAUCACAUGUACCCACCUGACAAUGUGAGUGCUCCACGUCAUCACAUGUAUCCACCACAUUACUAUGCUCCCCCUCAGCCGGCUCCGGUUUAUACCAUGAGCUACCACACGACGCAUCCUAGUAGCAGCAGCGGCUAUGGUGCGGCGUAUUAUGCACCUCCACAACCGUAUUCAUAUGCCCACGUGGUGCAUCCGGGGAAUGAAAUGGAGCCUCCACCGUAUACCUACGAAUCAGAAUCGUAUGCCUCAUCACAGCCGUCGGAAUCAUUCGAAUACUUUAGUGAUGAAAAUCCUAAUGCGUGUUCGGUCAUGUGAUGUGGUGUUGAGCACAAUCAUUCUAUUGUUGAAGUGCUUUUUGGUCUUUUUUCACACAUACAACUUGUAUGAGCAUUGAGGUAAUUUUGUAAUGCCUGUAGAUAUAGGGGAAUAUUAUCAAAAGCUUCAAAAAGCAGAGUUAGGAAAAGGAACACAAUUUGUUUGCUUUGAAUUGAACAAAUGAAAAGUUGGGGAGGACAA